GGUAAAUCUCAUUUGUAAUAUUGUUUUGGUGCUUGCGGCAUUUCAUAAAUAUUUGUAGUUUGUAAAAUGUGGAAAUAUGGACAAAAUCAAAUGAACCAAGGCCCACAGGGAGGCCAAGGCGGAGGCGGUGGCCCCAACAUGAUGCCAAUGAGCGGCUUCAUGCAAGGUGGAGCCGGCAUGCAUAUGUCACCACAACAACAACAGCAGCAACACCAAAUGAAUAUGAUGGGCCCCGGCGGAGGACCAGGAGGUGGCCCGGGCGGUAUGCAAAUGAAUCCCAAUGUGGGAGGUGGACCACCAGGUCUCAUGCAAGGCAUGGGCAUGUCGCCGCAGCAUCAAAUGCAACAACAGCAGCAAAUGAUGCAAGGUGGAGUUGGGAUGCCAAUGUCGAAUAUGCCGCAACAACAAAUGAUGGGACCACAAGGAGUAGGCGUCGGCGGCGUAGGCAUGGUGCAACAGCAACAGUCCAACUUAGUUCAGCAACAACAACAACAACAGCAGCAGCAGCAACAACACAAUCCAGUCACAGGUGCAGCCGGCGUCGGCGGUGGUGGAAAUAAUAUUAUGGCAAUUUCGCAGCCCAAUCCACACAAGGAGAUUAACAUUGUCCAGUUGUCGCGCUUGGGCCAGGAGACAGUGCAGGACAUUGCUUCGCGCUUCCAAGAGGUCUUCUCGGCCCUCAAGAACAUACAACCAACCUCACAUCGGGACAAUAACACGGAGAAAAAGGUGCAGGAAUACUUUCGCACUAUUCGAUUGCUGUUCAAGCGUGUGCGUAUCAUCUAUGAGAAGUGCAAUGAUGCUGGCAUGGACUAUAUGAAUGCCGAAACCUUGAUACCCUAUCGUGAUGAGCCCGAUCCACGCAUUGAGCCUUCGCAAUGCGACGAAUAUCGCAAAGUGCUGCAAGAGAAUCAGGAACUCAUCGAAACGGUUAAGCUGAAAAACCGACAAUUGCGUGAAAUAAUUGAUAGAACACGCAUUAUUAUAUGGGAAAUUAAUACGAUGCUCGCAAUGCGACGCUCUUAGAUUUAUAAGCUUAUCGAUUCCAAUUAAUUCCAAACUCUUGUUUAUUUAUGUAAAUUGUAAUAAAAGAGCAAAACACUCGAAAUACACUGGU